AUGACUCAUUCUCUUCAUCCUCAUGCCAGGACAACAACCAAGUCCACAAAAUUGGCAUGUCUAGCGACAUGUAUCGUGUUGUUUCUAUGCUUUUUUGCAUCCCAUGUCUCUUCUGCCAAUGUAACUAUUAAUUAUUCGCAAAGUAUUCUCACUCCCUAUGUCAAUCCGGCCGAUUAUCCUGCCGCCAAUUUCAGACAAAUUACCUCUUCUUUCAAAUUGUAUUGGAAAUUAUUAAAGAAUGAAAAGAGUUCGGAUAUCAAUGAUGCCAUUCUGGAAUUUGGUGUGGUUGGCACAGGAAUUUCAGGUUAUCUCAGUUUAUGUUUUGGCAUCACUUCCGAUCCAAUGAGAGGAGAUACCAUGUUUGGUUUUGUGACUCCAUCUGGACAGGCCACAGUGGUGGAUGCAUGGAUGACCAAUGAGCCAAAUCCUCCAACAGCAGAUGCCAGCGAUGAUUUUAUUCAACGCAAUGGAGGUUCUCGUAUUGUCAAUGGUGUUCAAGAAGUGAGUUUGAAAUGGACUCGUUUCGUGAGAACCAAUGACACCAAGAAUGAUUUUACCUUUCCCAACGCCAACAUUCGAAUGUCAUGGGCCUAUCACAGAACCUCCACUUCCAUGGUUGAACACACCAAUCAAGGUUCAUCAGUCACUGCCAAUUUUCUCUCCACUGGAUUUGCCACAGGUGAAUAUGGACAAUUGCCACAACCACCUGUGAUUGGAGGAAAGAGUGGAAAUUCAUCGAAUUGUACUCUACCUUCUACGUAUGCUCAGAGUAUCAUGACUCAAUUUGUGAAACCUUCGGAUUAUCCAUCAGGAAAUUCCAGAGUGAUGGGAACGUAUGGUGCCAGUGAUUCCUUGACCUUGUAUUGGAAGAGAUUGACCAAUUCUGGAGCGGGUGGUGAUAUUUUGGAAUUUGGAAUGGUCGCCACAGGAAUUUAUGGUUAUGCCUCGGUUGCAUUCAAUCAUGGUCCUUCAAGCGGUAUGCAAACCGCAGAUACCAUCUUUGGUUACAUUGAUUCUCAAGGUAAUCCUGUCGUUAUUGAUGCCUACAUGCAAGGUAAUUUACAAGCUCCAACUCCUGAUGCUAAACAAAAUAUAAUCAUGAAGAAUGGAGGUCUUCGUCAAGUGAAUGGAAACUAUGAGGUGCAUCUCAAAUGGACACGUCUCGUUGAUACCAAAGACACUGCCGAUCACCAGUUUACCAAUGCUCAAAUUCCUUGUUCAUGGGCUGUCAGUAAGAGUGGUACCUCUCUCAACUCUCCACACUCAUAUCGAGAUAAGAAUGUCAUGAUUAAUUUCAUGUCGAGUCCUGCCUUAACAGAAACUUCACCACCACCUGGAAGUUCAUUGGCCACUUGUGGAAGUAAUGGAACAAAUUCUGAUUUGGGUUCAUUGGUUGUGGAUGAUUUGAGUGGAGCCAAUGCCUAUCGAUGGCAUUUAAUUAUUACAGGAAUUAUUUGUGGUGCAUUGGUGAUUAAUGGUUUCAUUUUGUCUGUAGUGGCUCCUCGUGUGAAUCCAAAUCUCUUUUUCGAUUUGAUCUUGUACAGAAGAUUUACCAAAUUGGUCACUGUGAAGUAUAUUGGUGAAUAUUUUACAAAUGUUGCCUUAGAUUUGACUGUGGGAGAAUUAAUUGUGAUCGCAUGCUAUUGGCUUCUCAUUGUCGUUUGGUUCAUUUAUGGAUAUCUCGACAGCACUGUGGCUCCUGUUGGAAAAGCUUUUGCUUCUGUUUGUGUCUUUAACUUUGGUUUAAUUUUGUUCCCUGUGACAAGAUAUUCAGUGUUGCAAGUGUUAUUUGGUGUCUCUUUUGAUCGAGCCAUUAAAUUCCAUCGAUGGCUUGGUAUUCUUCAAUGGUGGUAUGUGACUAUCCACGGUAUUGCCAUGGUGUGUUAUUACUACAACUCGGACACGUAUUUGGUAUCGUUGGCUAGUCCUUCGUAUCCAAUUUUGGGUAUUGUUGCUUGGUUCUUUAUGACAUGCUUGUGGUUGAUGACUUUCCCUGCUAUCCGUAGAAAGUUGUGGGAAGUUUUCUUGAUUUCCCACAUUAUUCUAUCCAUUUUGGUGGUGAUAUUCUCAAUCGUCCACGGUUCAGGAUAUAUUAAUUUAUUACCUUAUAUGGCAUUAUCCAUUGCGUUCUAUUUAUUUGAUGUAUUUUUGAGAGUAGUUUUUGGUUUUGGAGUUCCUACUCAACUUGUAAGCAUGGAAUACAAUGAAAAAGCAGAAGUGACCACCAUCACCAUGAGAAAACCCUUCUUGACCUUUGGAAGUAAUCCUUCUCAUGGACACUUUGUCUUCCUUUACAUUCCUGGAGUUUCCAUCUAUCAGCAUCACCCAGCUACUGUGAGCAGUUGCAAAACCAUUGAAAGUAGUUCCUCCAUGUUGAAAAAGAAGGAACUUGAAUUCACUGUCCACAUUCGAAACUUUAACUCUGGAUGGUCUCUCCGUGUGGCAAACGUGGCAAAAGAACAAGCAGAGCUACGAAAAAAUCUACAAGCCAAUGAGGAUAAGAUCAUCAAAUUCUGUCGUGUCGAAGGUGCUUAUGGUAAUUUGUCGGUGCCUUUAUUCCAAUACAAGACCAUUGUUUUGAUUGCAGGAGGUAUUGGAGUGACACCUGUCAACGCCAUCUAUUCAGACCUCUUGGAAAAGUAUGGAAACACAGACCAAAAACGAGUCUAUUAUUCAUGGUCGAUUCGAUCUGAAGAAAUGAUUGAAUUAUUCCCAGCAUUGACACGUGACGGAGGAAAACAUUUCCAUCCUCAUAUUUAUGUUUCAAGAAAACCUAAAGAUUUGGAACAACAUGCACAUGAUCCAAGAAUUCACUACUCAAGAGCCAAUCCAAAAGAAUUUCUUGAAAUGAUCAAGAAAGAAUUGAAAGAAAAGUAUGGAUGUCAAUCUGGACGAGAAUAUGUCGGUGUGUUAGUGUGUGGUCCUGAACAAUUAAUUACAAGCGUUUCAAAUGCUGUUUGGGAUUGCAAUGAAAGCAAUGGUAUUCGUUUCCAUUUGCACAAGGAGACUUUUACUUGGUAA